AUGGGUCAAGCUAACCCAAAGAUGGAUCCAUAUAUCAUAUUCUCUCAAUCCAUAUGUGAAUCCAUUUCACAUUCUCUAAUCCACAUGCACUGUGAGAUCACUCCCACCUUCCCCCUACGAGCUCUCUUUCAGUUUUUCACUCCACCACCGGAAUUCGGUGGUAGAAAGUCGGAAAUGGUGAUCGAGAAGACUGCAGAUCAUGGAUCAUCAGGUGGUAGUGGCGGUGAUGGUAGCAGGUCUGAAAUGGAGUUACAAUCGUUAGCUCAUGUGGGCAUGAAAAAAAUGUCUCAGUCGGAGCUCUACUCACUCUCCCGCUGUUCCUCUUCCGCUUUCGACAUCCAGAGUACCGAAAAUGUUGUCAUCCCUAACAUUGACUCCGACCACCCGUCUACAAUCCCAUUCACCACCACCACCACAACCCCUCCUAGCAAAAUUUACGCAUUCUCUCACCGACGAGGUCAUCACCGUCGCAUUUCCGCUUCCCUUAACGACGACGCUGACCCACAACUGACGGAAAAUAGGUUCAUCUUAAAUUUCCUGGAGAAAUUGGAAGCGGAGGGCGAGGUCAAUGAUUCGAACGCUAGCAGAGACAUGGUGGCGGAUAACGAAGGGGGAGUUCAAAAGAGGAAGAGGAAGAGAAAAUCGAAGGCGGCGGAGGAGAACAGUGAAGAAUUCGAGGGUUUGGGUGUGAUCAAUGUAAACGGGGAGGAGAUUGAUCUGAAAUUCUUGGCGCGUGGUGCCGAUGGCGCAUUUGAAGCUGCGUUAAACAGGAUGACGGAGGGGAUGGUGCGAGAAGAUGAAUUUCUAGGGUUUUUAAAGGGUUUAAAAGGGCGAUGGGGCAGCAGCCGGAAGCGGAGGAGGUACGUCGAAGCCGCUGAUUUCGUGAAAGCGCUGCCGAGUAACUGGAAAAUCUUGCUCUCCUUACGCCCUCGUGCUCGCCGGCCGUCUCUCUAUUGCCGGAGAUUCGUCAGUCCAUCAGACAUGCAUUUCAAAUCCUGCAAAGAAGUUGCAUUCUACUUGAAAUCUCUAUUUGCAACAAAUGAUGCCAAUCCUAUUGAAGGGCCCAUGUGCCAAGUGGAUCUUGAAUCGGUGGCUAGAAUUCCUAAACCAUCUAUUGUAGAAAUAGGAGCUAAUGACUUGCAUACUAUUCGGAGGUUGGAUUCGGAUACUUUGACCGAGAAACGGUCAACCGUAGAGAAUUCACUCGAGCAAAAACGAGUUGUUGCACAUAAGAUAGUUGACUUGGAAAACAUCGCCAUGAAUGGACAAGGAUCAUCAAGUUUGACAAAACCAUCAAAUGAACCAAAAAACAAUUCUGAAGUGAAGAGAAACUUGAAAACAAGAUGUAUGUGGUGUCUUGUUGAAUUCUUUUAUGGGUCUCUUGAUGCAGAAAGUCUCGUGAUAUGUCCAAAAUGCAAAGAAGAUAUUUCAGGAGAAUUGGAAAAUACUGUGUCAAGGUUUUAUCAUCAUGACAACAAGUGAUGUGUUUUUGACCUAAUGCCACCACCACUUUUCAUCAAGACAACUGAAGAAGCUAGUGAGUGAAGAUUUUGGUGGUUGCAUAUGUAUGUAGACUGUGCAGUUUUUCUUAUGGGUAUAGCUAGCAGCAGAUCUUACAAAAAAAUUAAGUUUGACUUUUUAGUUUUUAGUCAAUGGUUUGCCAUUAGGUCUAGUAUAGAGUUAUAUGGUAUUUAUGAACUACAUCUAGCAGGUAUAUCUUGUUAGGCUUUUAGAUAGAGUUGGGUCUGAUAUAGGGUUAUAUGGUAUGUAUGAACUACAUCUAGCAGGUUUAUCUUGUUAGGUUUUAUAUAGAGUUAUAAG